AUGCUCCUCGGUGCCCCGCUGCCACCGAGCCAGUACCGAUUGAGAUCGAUCCAAGACAUCGAGGUCAGCACGAGACGCCUCGAAUGUUCAGACUUGGACGGACAUGAAGUCCCGUCCAUUGUCACGAGCAGUGCUCCUAUCAACGGAAUAGCACUCGCUAGCGCCAAGAUUCUGGCCAAGGAUGGCGAGACGUUGAUGGACCUCCGCAACGCAGAGUACGUGGCAGUGGCCCCUUUACAGGCAGACCCUGCCCUCGAAUCUUUAUUCUUUCAGCGCAAGAUUCUUCCCGACAUAACGUACGCAGGCAACUCUGACUUGGACUAUGACUCUGGCACAGGCCAAGAAGGCCACGCUUUCUUGAGUCUGACCAGAUUCUUCGAGCUUCUCACGCACAAGUGGCCCAUGGCUGAUCUCGCGAUUGAUGUUGGCAAUGACGACGGACUUGACUCCGCGGCGUACCACAUCGUAUCGGGCCUUCGGAAACUGAGCUGGUCAACCAACAGGUCACGGUUCAGAUCUCUCACCAUCGUCAACCAGAGCAUUGACGCCUCAGAAAGCGGAACAAGUAUUACCAACAAAUGGCCAAUUGAUAAUCGUCUCAGCAUCACCCCCUCACUCGAUUCGGAUCCUGACGCCCAGUUCCAUGCCGUUUUUACCCUGUCAGACCGAUACGAAUCCGCCUCGAGUCGCGUGCACCCAUCUGGCUUCAUAUGCUUACUCAAGAAAACCAAGAGUGAAGAAGAUAACCGGCCUGAUAGCCAUGACGGUGCGACACAGUUCACAUGGCCAUCCAAUCUUGAGCCCGUAUAUUCCGCCCAGAGCAAAGAAGGCUGGGAUUGGAUCAUUGGAAGACGCCGAAUUCAGAAGAGCCUGACUGGUUCCGAGACCGAUGCUGCUGGAAAAAGCGAAUCUAACAGCUCUAGGAUGGGGGUUCGGGUCUUUGCGCCAGCCGAGUCACUGCCUCGCAGCUUCAGGCUUGCAGAUUCACAUUUCGAAGUUCAGGAUGUUUCCGCGUUGCAAGACGAGUCGUUGUUCUCCGAACCGUUCGACGCCAUCAUCCUCGACACUGGUGAUAGCUCGAUUCUACUGCGAGACGCCGCAGGCCCAGAUGAGUCUCUCACGUGGACGCAGAGUCUCGUGGGGCACGUACAAACACUGGUUUGGGUGUCUUCGGCGUCCACAGCGCAGCCAUUCAACGGUGUGGAUGGCGCUUUCAUCCGAACUCUCGCCACGGAGAACCCCCGUUUCCGAGGCGUGAGUAUCGCCGUAAGCAAGAGCGUUGGGGAUAGUGAGCUGGAAAAUUUGUGCAGUCAGAUUUAUGAGCGCACCAGGGAUGGAGACGCCGAAGUUGAGCUAUACAUACAAGACGGCAUCGUCCAAUGUCUCCGCUACCACCCGGAUGACGAGCUCUCGGCGUCGGUCGACCUGGUCCCGGCAACUCGAAACAGCGCGGCUCAUGGCUUCGAGUACAAAAUCAAUGGCGUCGGUAACGGCCGUGUCGAGAUGAUCACCACUGUUCCAUCCUUACCCAAUACAGCACGGGUCUGUGGCUCUGAAACCCUUGUCAGCGUGUUGGUAGAGGUUUCCCUCGUUGGUGGCGAGGACGUUGCCAAGAUUCAUGGCACUAGUGGCCCGCUCGCUCGCGAGGGACUGGCAGCUUUCUUCAUCGGUAGGACGCUGGAAACAAGUGAUCCAGAUAGACCAUAUGGCAACCGCGUCUUCGGCUGGUGCUCUGGUGCCCACGCUUCUACGGUAUACGUCCACACCAGCCAGAUAAUUCACCUCGAAGACCAUGUAACUGCUGAUGAUGCUCAGCAUGGUAAGAGUAACCUUGGCCUCGUGCGCGCCCUUGGCAGACUGGCGUCACAAGCUACAGCUGCGUGCCUCGUCGCCUUCGAGGGAAGGGUUCGCCAAAACGACAGGAUAAGGGCGAACGAACUGUCGGCCGCCAUCAGGAUCGCCGUGACCAGUGUCGCUGCCAGGAACUCUGCAAUGAUUGUAGACAGCGACUCGGAAAACGGCCAUCGGCAAGAGGAGUCAACUCACGACCUUGAAAUAUCAUAUGACGGGAGCAGCGGUUUUCUAGUCAACGGCCGCCAUGUGCGUCUUGCAUCUGUACUGGAAAGAUAUGCCCUGACCACGGUCCUGGCCGCCAGUGCCCCCCUGGACGCCAAGUCUCUGCCCGAGACUGAGGUCUUUGGCAUUCAAGACUUCUCUGAAGCAUUCGAUUAUGCAGCGAAGAAUCCCCUCUCUACCACCAUACUUCGACACGCUGGUGGGCUCGGAUCCCUCAACACUGCCUGGAUCACACCGAGAACGACUGCCACCACCGACGAAAAGCAGGAAGAAGAGCAGCUCUUCCGAGGCGACGGCGCGUACAUUGUCCUCGGUGGCUUGGGCGGUCUCGGUCGACAUCUUUUACCCUGGAUGGUCAAGAAUGGCGCCAAGCACGUCGUGGCCCUGGGUCGCAAAUCACCGCUCUCAACUGACGGUGCGCUCGAACUCACAGAUCGCAUAGCCGGCCUCGGCGGCAGACUAAGCAUCCUUCAGGCCGAUGGCAGUCAACCAGACGAGGUCGAGGCCGCGCUCGCUCAGGUUCGCACUGAAUCGCCAAUCAGGGGUAUCAUAAACAUGGCUAUGGUGCUUGCUGAUCGGCCCUUUGCGACCAUGUCCGCGGAGGAGUGGCACCGUUCGAUCCAGGCCAAAGUGCACAUCUCGUGGAACCUCCACGGUGCCACGCUUCAAGAUGAUCUCGACAUAUUUGUCCUCUUCUCCUCGGUCGUGUCCAUGACAGGCAACCGCAUGCAGGCUAACUAUGCCGUGGGCAACGCGUUCCAGAACCGUCUCGCCGCCCACCGCCGGUCCCUGGGGCUGACCGGCGUCUCCCUGGCCCUGCCCCCGAUGCACGGCGUCGGCAUUCUUGCCGGUAACGAUGGCCUCCUGGAGUAUUUCGACCAGGCGGGCCUUGCUCCGGCCGGGCCUGACGAGUUGACCUUGCUCAUGAAGGCCGCCGUGUACGAAUCGCGCCGGGCGUCUGGCGCAUCCUUCAUCGGCGCGGGCCUGCAAAUGUUCAACAAGAUCGAUGGCAUCAUCCAAGCCAAACCGACCCAAACGCAAAUGUUCUGGGUUGAGCAGCCCGAAUUCAGCUUUUUGAUGGACCACCAGCGAUCCUCGGGCAGCUCCGCCAGCACGCGAGGCGACGAGCCGCUCCGUGAGAGAGUAAACAAGUCAUUGGACCACGAUAAGGAGGAGGGCGAGGUGACAAAAGGACUCAUCAUGAAGAGCUUCCUUCAAAGCCUUGCAAAUCUUCUCGGCUACACCGUUGUGGCGUUUGAUCCUCGAUCCCCCAUCGCCGCCUACGGCCUGGACUCCCUCAACGCCGUCGCAUGUCGGUACUGGUUCUUCAAAGAGCUGGCCGUCGACGUGCCCGUCUUUGACAUACUCGGUUGCAGGUCUAUCCUGGAGCUGGUAGCGAGAGUAUUUUCGAAACUCAGGGCUCAAGUUCUUGAUGCCUCGGCGCCAGAGUCUUCGUCAUCUGCCUUUCCGCUGGUCAAGCUUCCCGACCCUCGACGGCUCGAUCCUGAAGCGUCGCGGCCGCUGUCAUACUCACAGCAGCGCCUCUGGUUCCUACACAACUUCCUCUCGGACAAGACGGCGUACAACCUCCUCCUUGUCUGCCACAUCGACGGCACUGUCAGGUCUGAUCUUCUCUGCAAGACCUGGGAGGUGCUGCUUCAUCGACACGAGGUUCUCAGGACUCGCUUCAUUGACACGCCAAAGGGUCAGCAGCAAGUCGCCGUUGACGCGUCGGAUACUGGCUUCCAGUUCACGACAGUGGAGGUGGAUUCCGCUGCUGAUGACGCGGCAUUUGAUGCCAAGGUGAGGGAACUUGAGAUGGCUGCCCAGUCAUACAACUUUGAUAUAUCUCAGGGUGAACUAGUCCGUUGUUGGCUCCUCGUGUCACCUUCGUCCUCAGCAACACGCCGUUCCCGGCUUUUCCUUGCGUCUCACCACCUGGCAUGGGACAGGACAUCAACAGCCGUCGUCUUUGACGAGAUCAGCACAAUCUAUAAAUCACUACUGCGAGGCGAGGCGCCACAGCAAAACCUCGAGCCUCCCGCGUUCCAGUUUGCUGACUAUGCAUCAUGGCAGCGCCAGUGUAUCGACCAAGACACGUUCCGCGAGCCGCUGGUCGGGUACUGGCAGACGCAGCUCGAGGGAGCUCCAGACGCUGUAUCUCUACUACCACUGGCGCACGCAGACCAGAGGCCGCCAGUGAAGCAGCUCGAGACGGGCACAGCAACCCUUCGUCUUUCGAAAGAAGUCGGUGCCGCCAUCAAGACGUUCUGCGCCGCCCACGCCAUGACCCCCUUCAUGUUUAUGACGGCGGCCGUCGCCGCCCUCUUCCACCGGCUGACCGGCGACGAGGACGUUAUCAUUGGUGUAGCAGACGGCGAUCGCGGCCAUUCGGCUUUCGACCGCCUCAUCGGCUUCGCCGUCAACAUGCUGCCCAUCCGCUCCCGCAUGGCGCCCGAUAUGCGCUUCCUCGACCACCUCGACAGCUUCCGCGAGGCGUGCCUCGGCGCCUACGCCCACCGAGAACUCCCCUUUGACUACCUCGUCCACAAGCUCGCCGUCCCACGCAGCACGGCUCACGGACCCAUUUUCCAGAUCACCGUCAACUAUGUCGUGCACGGCUCCUUUGCAACAGCCGACUUUGACGACUUCAAGUUUGUCGAGUAUGACCACUUCAACGCACGCUCGCAGUCCGAUGUGGGCCUCGACAUCGAAGAGGCCAUGGAUGGCGCGCUGAACUGCGUCUUCGAGUUCGACACGGCGCUGUACUCGAAGUCAGCAAUCGAGGAGCUGGCCCGCAUGUACGAGAACCUCAUGGUGCACGCCAUGGAGGCCGGCGGUGAGACGGCCCUGCGCGACGUUAGGCUCGCCUCGCGCGAGGAUGACGAGGCCGUGGCCGCUAUCCUUCGACCCCGGUGGGAUGCAGACUUGAUCCAGCUGUGUGAGCAGACAUUGUUCCCGCAGCUCUUUGACGAAUCGGUGAAACGCUAUGCGCACAAGAUUGCCGUCAUCGACGAGACGACCAGCUUGACCUACCUCGAACUCGACCAGCGCGUCAAUGCAAUCGCACAUAUACUGAUCACUUCAGGAGCUGAACCUGGCGAAGCAGUCGGCGUCUACAUCGAGUCGGGCGUCGACCUGGCCGUCGCCAUCUACGGCAUCUGGAGAGCAGGGUGCGCCUUCGUAGCCAUUCACGACGUGCCCGAAGAGCGCCUGCGUUCCAUGAUAGAGGACGUCGAUAUGCAAAGAGCCCUCGUUGACGCGACAGGUCGCGAAGGGAGCCGGGUGCACGAGCUGAUCGCCGCUGGCCUCGAGUCCCGCCAUGUUCACAGGAUCGACCAGAUCCAGACCAUCGGGCAGUUCAGCGCGCCGCCUCAAAUCGCGCGACCCGUCAGAGGCGACGAUCCUUUGUGCUGCAUCUUCACGAGCGGCAGCACUGGUCGACCGAAGGGCUUGUUCCUGAGCCACUUGCAGUUGCGCAUGUGGUACCGCGGCUACUACGAGACAACGGUUGGUAUUACUGCCGACGCCACGCUCUUGCUGGCCUCGGUGCCGACGUUUGACAUGUCUCUGGUGUCGCUCUUCUCGGCACCGGCGUGUGGGGGUACUCUCGUCGUUGCAUCGCGAGAGGCGCGCUACUCGCCCUCGAGCAUGAUGAACCUCAUCCUCGCCAACGGCGUCACGAGCAUGACCGUGACUCCGUCCCAGCUCGGUGCUUUGCUAGCCGGCGUCGGCAGAAGCAGCAGAGAUCCGAGUUCCUGGCCCCUGCGAAGCUUAGUCCUCGGCGGCGAGGUGGUCCCCGCCAAGGUCGUCCGCGAUUUCUUCGCCCUUGGGCUGCCGUUUGCUCGGCUCUGGAACGGUUAUGGACCCUCGGAGACUGCCCUUUCUGUGUCCCUCAAAGAAAUCACCAAACCGGAGACAGCAUCUCGUCUCGCGCCGCCGCACUUCCCAGCGACUCUCCGCGUCGUCGACGACCGGGGAAGGCCGGCGCCGUUUGGGGUCCCUGGCGAGCUCUACAUCGGCGGCCCUGGGGUGUGCGAAGAGUACGUCAGGCGCCCAGAGAUGACGGCGGCGGCGUUCAUCCCCGACGCCAACGAUGCUGCCGACAACAACAUCCCGCGUAGAUUGUAUCGGACGGGAGAUCUGUUCAUCGUCAAGAUCCGCGGCAUGCGCACGGAGCUCGGCGAGAUCGAGACGGCCAUUUGGGCCGCCCUCGAAGACAUCCUACCGGCCCUCACGACUGACGAUGUUGACCCUGUAGUCAUUACCGCCGUCGCUGUGGUGUACCGGCCACGCGAACAGCUCAUUGCUGCCUACCUCGUGGCGGCGGGUAACACAGUCGAUGACAUGACCAACGAAGAUCAACAGCCGAAGGCCCGCCAGGAACUGGCACGAGCGCUGAGAUUCUCCCUGCGCGCCGUGCUGCCGGUGCACAUGAAUCCCGGUGCAUAUGAGUUCCUCGAGGAGAUGCCGUCCAGCUCGGCGGGCAAGACGGAUUACAAGAGCAUCCUUGCGCUCCCGCCGCCAGUGGCUGAAGUCGCGGCUCACAACUCCUCGAACGACCAGAGCUGGUCUGAACUCUCCGGAAUUCAGCAAGUCCUGGCCGAGAUUUGGAGAGAGGCUCUCGUAUCGGGUGUCACAAGCGUGCCCGUGUCGCCUCUCGACGAUUUCUUCGCUGUCGGCGGCCACUCGCUGGCCCUCGUCAACGUUCAGAACCUCAUUGAGGACAAGUGGAACGUCUCGGUGGCUCUCGCCGACCUGUUUGCCUGGCCCUCACUUCAGGGCAUGGAAAGGCUGGUCCUCGAUGCCCUGGCAUCGCUGGCCACGUCUUCGUCCGAUUCUUCCCCUGCAGACACCACCGCCGCUGGCAGCGACACGGACGUUUCGGCUCCCGAGAGCGAUGCCGGCGAGGAAGCAGUCGACUGGAAGGCCGCAGCCAUCCUUCCCUUUGGCAUUGAUAAGACGGUCCGCUACGCGCCGCUUCAUCCUCCUACGGCUGUCAUUCUCACCGGCGCCUCCAGCAUGUUCGGCAUUCAUCUGCUGCAUCAUCUGCUCUCGACAACAUCUUUGCAUACCAUCUUCUGCAUCGCCGAGCCCGCCGACAGCCACAGUGCCGCUGUCGUCGGCCUAUCUGCCGCUCUGAAGCGAUACAACCUAGCCGACGGUCUAGGCGAGGACAUGCUUUCCCGUGUCCGCGCCUUCCCAGGCAGCCUCUCGCACCCAACCUUGGGCCUUUCCGAGGGCGAGAUUCACUUGCUUGACAGGCAAGCCCACGCCAUCUUCCACCUCGCCUCCGACGUCUCACUCCUCGGCAACUUUGAUAAGGUGCGCGCCGGCAACCUGGGCCCGGUGCACUUCCUCAUCGGACUCGCCCAGGGCCUGCUUCCCGACGCCGACCAUGGGGUGCCGAACGUCAAGGCGCUGCACUACCUCUCGACCUGGGGUGUGCCGCAUCUCCAGGCAUGGCAUGACACUGACCUGUCCAGCGGCGGCGGCGACGGUGACGGCGACGGUGACGGCACACAGUCAACCAUUCGCCGCUCAGAGGAGGCCAUGACGCACAUGGUGCCCGGCAAGUCAGGUCGCCUCGCGUACCUCAAGUGCCGCUGGGCGGCCGAACUGCUCCUCGAAAGCGCUGCCGUCAAGGGUCUGCCCGUGUCCAUCUUCCGACCCAGCAUGACCGCGCCUGCCAACGCCGCCCUGCCUCGCGACGACAUCAACAGGCGCAUCAUCGAGGCCUCGCUGCAGACGGGCAAGGUGCCCCGCUUCGGCGGAGGCAUGGGAUGGCUCACUGCCGACUUUCUGGCAGCCGCCGUGGCACACCUGGCGUUCCGACAAGAGGGCGGCGUCGCAGCUGAGGCUGGGGCUACGAACAGAAGCAAGAUUUGGCACUUCGUGCCCGAGGAGGGCAGCUUCCACGCCUACGCGAAUCUUGACCGGGUGCUGGAGACUGCACAUGGCGGCGGAGAGCUGCGGGUGGUGGAGCCCCGAGAGUGGUUCGCGACCUUGCGCGCGAGCCGUAAUCCCGAAAUGAUCCUGCAAGCGGCGGUACUCGACGAGUGGUACGCAGCCGGCUGGGUUCCGUUCGAGCUGGACGCCAGGCGGACGCUGGAUCUGCUUGCUGAGGAGGCGCAUCUCAGGCCAAGAACGGUCGACCGCAGGCUCAUCCUGGAUAAUGUUGUGGGUCACGAGGGCUUCUAG